CAUCCAAUCCAAUUCAAUUCAAUCCAUCCCAUCCAUUCCUCUGGCUUCUGCUUCUGCUUCGGCUUCUGCUUCUGCUUCUGCUUCUGCUUCUUCGUCUGCUUCUACUUCCAUCCUCCUUCCAUCUCUCCUCCACCUCACCUCGGUCCUAAGUCCCGACCCUAAUCAACAUCACCCGAGAAUCACGCAAGCCUCCAGACAGUAUAAGUUUUGUUUGCAUUGGUGGUCCCCCGGAUCGUCUCCAGUGCCUGAGUCUCUACCAAUCAGCCGACAUCGACAAGACCACGGUCCCAUCGCUUGAGCUCCGAGUCUUUGCGCCACCACGAACAAGACAAAAAAGACGUCUCUCUCCUCCUGCCCACCCCCCCUCUCUCUCCCACUCUUAGCCCGACGUGAACCUGCCGUCUUUUUUUUUCUCGACAGGUAGAUUGGUUUUUUGGUUGUUUUUUUUGCUUGGUUUUUUAUACUCGGCCGCCACCCUCCCACAACGGCUGCCUUACCAAACUGUCCGUCUACGCUGUCCUACCUACCACCGCUCCGGUCCCCGCUAGCCACUGAGCUACGAGCUACGACACACGUCUGACGAUCCAAAUCCAUUGCCGAAGAACGUUGACCUCUCCGCUUCUUCUUUUUCUCGCGGAGCAGCCCGUCAAGUGUGUUUCGGCGGCGCGUGCUCUCCAGGAGCUGGUGUCGGAAAGCGGGUCCAAGCAAGCUAUCCAGGAGCUACGGCAGUGCGGCAAGGAACAGGGAAUCCUCCCCAAAUCCGUCGGCAAAGCUAUUAUCGACAGAUCGCCCAGCGCGCGAUUUGCCCACUCGACAACCCAUUGACAUCUCCCAGGAAGCUAUGAGGUAGGCCCGAAGCACUCUCCCCGACCCAAUUGCACGCCCGCCGGACGCUGUUGAUGCUGCGAGCUGCACAUUGCACAUUUGCACGUCCAAGACGACGGAAAGACCCGCACCGGCAUAUCGAGCACAUGCGCCGGUCCCUGUUUCGGGCGGGUCCUUUUUCUGGAGUCCUCUCCCAGGGUUUUCCAUUUGUCGCGCCGAGUUCGCGAUGUUGCCCGAUGUCGCUUGCGCCCUCAAGUUGCUGACGCCUAUUUAUAUGAGAUAUAGGGCAGAUGGCCGCGGCUAUUGAUCGAGCGCCGAGGAAUCAUUUGGACGAAGGGUCUGAGGACUCGAUGGGCGCGAGGACGAUACCAAUCAUUGCGCCUACCAUCCAGAUGUCUGCACCCUCUCCGGGCGAGCCCAUGGACAUCACCACCCCUACGAACUCCUCCGCACCCCAAUCUGCCACCAAGAGCCCCGAUAGCGACGUGAAUGCCAGCGGCGGCAACGCCAGUAACGAGUCGAACGAGCGUCUACAGCCCAUCCAGGCCCAGAUCAACAGCAAUCACCACAACCAUCAAGCUUCCUCCGAGAACAACAUCAUCAUGCCGGCCCCCGUAGCCGCAGCCCCGGCUGUCCACCAGCCCAAGAUUGUUCAGACAGCCUUCAUUCACAAGCUUUACAACAUGCUGGAAGACAAGACGAUCCAGCACCUCAUUUCUUGGACCCAGAGCUCCGAGAGCUUCGUGAUGCAGCCCUCACAUGAGUUUUCCAAAGUACUAGCGCAAUAUUUCAAGCACACCAAUAUCUCUUCAUUUGUGCGGCAGCUCAACAUGUACGGCUUCCAUAAGGUGAGUGACGUGUUUGCUCAUGGGACUCCCGACUCGACCAUGUGGGAGUUUAAGCAUGGGAACGGCAACUUCAAGCGGGGAGACCUGGUUGGUCUGCGGGAAAUCAAGCGCCGGGCCUCGCGACAUGCGCUGGUUCACAGAGAGUACAACAACCAGAAGCCACCGCCAUCUCAGCCUGGCACUCCGGCCGAGCCAAUGCCUCCCAUGCAAGAAGGCGGCGACCCCAGGGUGAACAGCAUCGAGCACACUCUCUACGACCUCAGUGCUCGUCUUCAGCGCCAGGAAGAAAACUCGCAGUUCAUGCAGAUCAAGAACCAGGCCAUCAUGGACACGGUAAGCCGGCUGCUGCAGUUUAAUCAAGACCUGUCACGCGCCGUGAUGGCCCUUUCGCCGAGCCUUGAUAACCCGAUACACCGGGACGUAUCAUCACUGCAGAUCGAGGUGCAGCGGCAAAUGGAGAUAUUCCGCAGCCUCGAGGAACCCCACGAGCCGUUGUUCGCCAGCACCCGUCCCUACUUUGCCAACAUCGAAAACGCGCCCGUCUCGCCUCGCCAGCUGCCCCAGGACGAUCCCCGCAGGUCUAAUCUCGCAGUCCCCCAGCCCCGAGGCCCAAAUUAUUACCAUGACCACCGCCCCGCGGUGCCGUCUGGGUUGUCGGUGAGCACCCGGAGACCAUAUGGUUCGAUAGGAGGAAAUUCCACAGGCCAAUCUUCGCCGUCUUCCAAUCGGGCCCCUGCUCCGCCGCCACCGCCCGGGCCACACCACCUGUCAAAUCCCGAUCUGCAUCCCGGUGCUCUGGGUCGAAGGCACACCUCGGCUGAUAUCCGUGCUCAUGGUUGGCAACCCCAACCACCUCCCCCGUUUUCCGGACCACCUUCGUCCCAAUGGCCAUCGUCACCCAGCCGGCUCCCACCACCCCCUGAGAGCCAGCAUCUCAGGGAUACCUUUUCUCACUAUUCUCUGCAACCCUCGUCCCAACCUCAUUCCCGUCCAGCCACUCCCCCAGCGCCCCCAUUUUCCAAUGGAAACCCACCUGCCGCCGACACGUUUAACAACUGGUCCUGGAACUCUGCCAAUCGGGAGAAUAAGAACCUGUCGGUGAGGGAUCACUCGGCGCCGCCGACGAGACGGGGAAGCAUGGCUCAUAUUUUGAACCCGACUGACACGGCUGAGAGGGAGGAUGAGGACAUGGACCCCCGGGGUGAUGACGACCGAAAGAGGAAGAGGCUGCAGUGAUUUUUUUCUCCAACGUCUGGUAUUGUUUUCGAACAAAAAUCUGCUUUACAUCUUUGAUUGCAUACAACAAAAACAUUACUUAAUUUCUGUUUUUUUCUUCUGAAUUAUUUCUCGGGUAACAAAAAAGCAUUUAUUACUAUGAAGAUACCUAUUUUUGGGGAGGGGGAAGGGGGGAGUAAUAGGAUUGGUGGUGGUUUGGAUUUCUUCAUCUUCUUUCGCUGGAAAAUGUUGUUUUAUUUCUCAGAAAAGGUGGGGAGGCGGCCAAAUUUGUUUGUUUGUUUAUUUGGGUGGUGGUGGUGGUGGUGGUUUGUUGGGGAUAUCUUGUUGGAUGUUAUGUACGAGUUUUUGUACUUAUAGAUCCGCGAUACCCUUUGGGGCUGUUGUUCUCUUUUGGGUGUUUUCUCCACCAGGUGUGUCUGAUUGGAUUAGAACACCUGGUGGAGGAAUCGCCUGAAGAGAAGAGCAGCUGCAAGGGGUAUCGUGGAUCUAUAUUUGUGUUGUAAGCUUUGUACGAUCUGGGGGGAUGGGGAGAUAGUUGAGAGUUGAGAGUUGUGUUCAAUUGGAUUUAGGGUUUGGUUGAUGGUGGUUUGUGUUUUUUGAUGUUUGCUUUGAUAAUGGUGUACCGGUUGGCCGGUUGGUGUGUUUGGGA